GCGUCUGGGGUAGGGGCUCUACCUGGUCUGGCGGGUGUAAGCUCAAACAGUGAUGAUACAGGCACUACCUCAAAAGUUCAAGCUUGGUAACCACCAAAACCUCAACCACGUCAACGUCAAACACCAGCAAAUCCACUUCUAGAAUACCACGUCUCUUUGCCGGCGUGUUUCCUAGCCUCUCGUUCAGACAAGCUUUGAGUGUUUUCUUUUACCCUUACUCAUUUCUAUUGAAACGAAUUAGAGUAAUAACCCCACAAUCUACUUGCCAAGCCGUACAGUCUUCAGCCGUUUCAUCUCACCAUAGCAAGGCGAACCGAUCUAGAAGCUUAGCCAGUUAGCUUAGCUACCAGGCCCUUGUCUUCUAUCUUUCAGCCUUGCCUGAGCCUGACGUUGUCGAUACUAUCGCUGUCAACGUCUUUAGGACGAGGCUAUCUUCACCAUGGAGCAAACAAAGGCACUAAACGCUCUUGAGCCCUAUCUAGCUCUCACCAAAUCCGCCACAGCUCCCCGCGCAGCAGCCGACCUAGUGACGCAGGCGACCUCGAACCCCAACACCUACGUCUUCGCCGAGCUCCUACAAGCACCUCAGAUCCAAGCCCUAUCCCAAACCCCCGAAUACGCGCCAUACCUACAACUGCUCGAGAUCUUCUCGCACGGCACUUACCAAACCUACACCACCGCCCAAACCAGCACCCCGUCCCUCCCUCCCCUCAACGACGCCCAAGUCCUCAAACUACGCCAGCUCUCCCUCCUAACCCUCGCCCGCAAUCCACACAACCUAACCUACACCAACCUCCAAACAACCCUAGGCCUACCCUCCCCCCGCGCCGUCGAAGAGCUAGUAAUCAGCGCAAUCUACGCCGGCCUAAUCGAAGCCCAGCUCGACCCGCGCCACCAAACCGUGCACGUAUCAGGCGUUGCCCCACUCCGAGACCCCGAGCCAAACUCCAUCCCCUCCGCCCUCGCCGCGCUCCGAGCAUUCUCCGCACGCUGCGAGACCACGCUCCAGGACCUCGAGAACCAGGUAACCACCGUCCGCAGCGCCGCCAUCUCCCGCGCAACCGAGAAACAAACCGCAUCCCAAACCCAAGCCAAGCUCCUCGAGGACCAGCGCCGGGCCGACACCAACGCCAGCGCUUUAGGCGCCCACACCCGCGGCCAAAACCGCAUCAUCGACGCCGCCGUCGCCCGUCUCCGCGGCGGCGGGGCCGCGAGCCUCGGUGUGCAGAGCCGUAGCGGCAAGCGUGGAAGCGGGAGCUUGGAGACGAGCCAGGACUCGGACGAGGCGAUGGAUGUGGAUGAGGAGGAUCCCGACGAGGGGGAUGUAGGUCAGGGACGCAAGCAGCGGCAGAGUCGACGGAAGCUUUAGGAGGGUAAGAGGGUUCGGGUCUGAUUAUGCUUGGGAGUGUUUUGGUCGUGGUUGGGGGGAUGGGUGGGUUGAACUUGGUAUCUAUUCUUCAGCUUUGACAACUUAUCGUAUGGGAAGUUUAUGAAGGAAGAUGACUACGAAAAAAGCUAGAGAGGGAAAGAGAGAGCUAAGACCAACUUUGGUCGGUUAUUCUAGCUUUGCUAUGGUAUGAUAGACAUAGACCCAGACCAUUGGCAGAUGAAAACAGAUAAAAAUCACAAUCAAUAAACAUUUCUACGAAUCACAGGC